AUGUACUCUAGUUUGAAUAACAUGAACGAAUAUGUUGCAGUUCGGUCGCCGCCAAGAUAUUCUGUUUCAGAGAGGAAUACACUGCCACAGACAGAAGUAGACGAGCAGGAAAACGUGGAAAGGACCAUGAUGUUCCUUAGGAAACACAUGAAAGAUAGGAAUAGAAGCCUUACGCCGGGGGCUGACACUGUAGGAAACUCAAGAACAAGCUUGAACACUUUAACUCCGCAACAUUCAGAUGAUAGGCACUCCAUAGAACAACAACAACAACAACAACAACAGCCUCGUCCCAUAUGGGACCAUCAAUCAUUGAAAACAUCACAUGAGAAUGUGGAGGAUGUGUUGCCUCCAUCAUAUUUGGAUUCUGCCAUUAUAAGGUCCAAGAGUAUUACCUCUAGUGUAUCUACGAGUUACACUACUAAGGAUAGCAUUACCACUGACUCAUUUGGUAGGAACACUUCUUCCAUACCAUCAUUAUCAUGCGUCAUUCCAUAUGCAGUGCCAACUUCGAGAGGUUCAAAUGAACGUAAUAACAAUAAUGACAAUUUGAUAAAAACUUUUUCUGAGAGAAGACCUAGUAUGGCAACCACAGAAUCAUCCUGGGGCGACGUACUAAGCACUUCCAUGCCCAAUAAUUGUGCUGCCAUUGAAUGCAGUGUUUAUUCUUCUCCUCAUGUGGAUUCUGUGGAACCAAGAUUCAUAAUAUCGAAAAAUAAAUUUCAAGAUUAUCCAGCUUUGUUCCUUAGCAGCGAUGAUGAAGAAGAUAAUAAUAUUGUCGAGGAGAAAAAAGAAGGUUCGGCAACCAGAGAUCGUACGAAAUCUUUCAGUUCUCAGUUGAGCACACUUUUCUCCUUUAGCAACAAGAAUACAACGUCACCUAAUAACAAAAUACCAAGAAGGAAAAGAACACAAUCUCAUAUUGGUAGUUCGAAUGGAUCUUCAUCUGCUAAUGCUAGAAGGAGAAGUUCUGUCUAUUUAACUGAUAACUCUGUGGAAUCUUCUACUAAAUUUUCCACUUCACUAAAACGGUUUUUACCCAAUUAUAAUAAGAUUGAUGAAUUUCAUGUCCCCUUUAAGCAAAGAUAUAACGAAAUUGGUACAUUGGGUUCCGGCGCAAGUGGAUCUGUCAAAUUGGUGGAGAGCAAGAAUCAUGCCACAGAAAUCUUUGCCAUAAAGGAAUUCCGUAAGAGAGAUAAAAAUAAAGAAACAAAAAGGGAUUAUAUUAGAACCAUCACGUCUGAAUAUUGCGUUGGUGUCAAUCUAACACACCCAAACAUUAUAAAGACGAUGGAAUUACACUAUGAAGAUGAUUUCAUUUGUCAAGUGAUGGAAUAUUGUGCAUUUGAUUUAUUUGCCAUUACAAUGUCUGAUUUACCCAAAUAUGAGGAAAUUUGUUGUUAUUUCAAGCAGCUUUUAGAUGGUGUGGAAUAUUUACAUAGUAUUGGCUUGGCUCAUCGAGAUUUGAAAUUGGAGAAUUGUGUCAUUGACAACAAUGGGAUCUUAAAAUUGAUUGAUUUCGGUUGCUCGGUGGUAUUCCAAUAUCCAUGCUCCAAGACAUUAAUUGAAGCCAGUGGUGUGGUGGGGAGUGAUCCUUAUUUAGCACCCGAAGUAUUACUAUUCACCAAUUAUGAUCCAAGACCUGUUGAUAUAUGGUCUUGUGCUAUUAUUUUCAUUUGUAUGAUAAUUAAGAAAUUUCCCUGGGGGAUCCCCAAUUUACAAGAUGAUUCAUUCAAGAAAUUUUGUUAUGGAAGAGAUUCAGUCUCAUUAAAUGAUUUAUUAACAAGAGAACCGUCACCCGAGCAUGAAAUUAACUUGGUGGAGGUGGAUGUAGAUGAUAACGAUAGCGAUGAUGAUUAUUUCAAUUAUGGCAACGGGACCCGAGGGAAUGCAAUACAUACUCACGAGGACGACAUUCACGUGGGACCAUUAAGGAUAUUACACGCAUUACCGGAGGAGACGCAACCAAUAAUCAACAAGAUGUUAAAUCUAGCACCAGCAUGCAGAGCGAACAUUGUGGAAAUCUUGAACGAUCCCUGGGUACAAUCAAUCGAUAUGUGUCACAUACUCGGGGAGGCAAGUGACGGGAGCGAGAUACGGGUGGUUAAUAACGAGGGUCACGAGCAUUCCAAAGUGGAACAUUCCAAGGCCCACAUUAGUGGGUUCAUGGAUUGA